AUGUCAACUGCUGCAUAUCGCCCCACGGUACCUAUUACGCAUCAAAGCCAAACUUUCCCCCAGCCUAUCACUGCUCUCUGUUUUGACCCCGUCUCCGAUACACUCUGGUCAGGUACAAACACUGGCCAUGUUGUCGCCUACUACACACCACGCGGGAUGCGUGGUGUCAAUUUCCCCGUCGGCGGUAAUCUUGCAGUCAAGAAAGUGAUCGCAGAUGAGAAUUAUGUACGCGCAAGCGGGGUCGCAAGUGAGGGAAUCGGCUCGUGGAAUAAGGGAGGAGUCAACAAGUGGUAUCAUCGGCCUCCUGCCGCUACUGUGACUACGUUUUCGAACACCUCAGGCUCAUCCAACCUUCUCGCAGUGGCGACGUCGGCGCUCGAAUUACUUCUGCUUAACCCUUUGACUGGCAGUGUUGUCCGACAAAGCAUAUUUUCUUCUCCUGUGACGCAGUUGCAUUAUUCACAUUCAUUUCUUCUUUCUGGAGACGCUAAUGGAUUCGUGCGUUGCCACGAUCCACGCACUGGUCUCAGGAGAGACGGUGGCGCAGAGGCUACUGCUAAGGCACACGAGAGCGAAAUACAAGGAUUACAGUCAAGUGGAAACUGCGUUUAUACUAUCGGCUGGGGACUGAGACAAUCACGUCCGAUACCUGAUCCGCUGGUCAAAGUGUACGACAUGCGUGUAAUGCGUCCGUUGCCCCCUGUGCCCUUCCCUGCAGGCCCCGCUUUCAUCAACUCCCUUCCAAGACGAUCCUCAAGCAUUGUCGUCACGUCGAAUCAAGGCUUGGUCAAUAUUGUCGAUACGUCGAAUCCCACCAAUGCGACUGAGUUUUAUCAGCUCGAUACUCAAGUACCCAUCAGCUCUGUGGCCGUCUCUCCAACGGGUGCAUACAUGGCGUUCGGGGAUGCCGACGGGGUGAUCCACCUCAUGACGGCUGCGGAUGAUGAAGGUGUACAUCCUUUCAACGGCUUUGAGGGCCAACCAGUUGAAUGGGCUGAUACACCAGAGCCGUUACCCGACAUUCAAUGGACAGACUCAACACCACUCAACUCAAUCGGUCUACCGUACUAUGGAUCGCUGUUGCUUUCAUCUUGGACACCCCAGUUCGAAGCACCGCCUCAAUACUCAAGCGCUCCUGAAAAGAUCCCCCAGCAGGUGCUGAACACGAUGAAGAUGAAUGAUAAUAUAGCAUAUGCACCGUUGCCGAGGGAACUUAAGGGACGGAGGAAUAUGGUCGCUACGGCACCGAGGAAGGAUCAAGCUCGAUUCAGGAGCGGGAAGUUAUCUAGGCCGGAGGCCGAGCUCACGUCUUCGGCGAAUGAGGCUCGUUACGGCUUGGACGAUGUACCACCUCGUUAUGCUAAAGUGGAAAUCGCGUACUCAAAAUUCGGAGUCGAAGACUUCGACUUCGCCUUUUAUAACCGGACGGAGUUCAGCGGCCUCGAAACACACAUUCUCAAUUCGUACACGAACCCUAUUCUUCAAGUCAUGCAUUACAGUUACCCGAUCCGGUGUCUAGCCAAGUCCCACAUCACCACCAACUGCACAAGAGAGCAUUGCCUUCUAUGCGAGCUCGGUUUCGUCACACGUAUGCUUGAAGAUGCGCGAGGUACAAAUUGUCAGUCAAGUAAUUUUUGCAAGACUGUGGGUGUCUUGGCGCAUAUCGAAAACAAGAUCGAACUCGUCGAUUAUGGACGUGAUAGCAUUUAUAUGGACUAUGCUCACAUGAUCCAAGCAUUUCACCGCUUCCUCAUUGACAAGAUAGGCUCCGAGGGAAAUAUGUUUUCGUCAAACCCAUCCAUUGUGCCUUCAGCCUUACCUGCGGUCGCACCCAUCUCACAACUUCUCGGGCUGAACAGCAAAAACAUCAUCAUGUGCACAAGCUGUAAGGCAGUUCGGGAGAAGGAGCACAAUACCCAUAUCGUCGACCUGGUAUAUCCGCGUAAAGCUGUCAGCACUGAUAGCAACAGUGCCAUGGACUUUGCCUCUAUCUUAUACACGUCGCUCGUCCGGCGGAACGGUUACAAAGCCACUUGCCAGAAAUGCAAGCAAUUCGUAAACUUCGAGUCGGUGCACUCGAUCCCCACGCGAAAUCUUCCACCCAUCCUCGCGCUCAAUGCUAAUGUCCAUAGCGAAGAGAGCCUUGAAUAUUGGCUGGAUAGUAGAAAAACGACAUUCUUGAAACCACGGGUCCAAUUGAGGGGCCAGACAGAAGGCAUCGAUGAUUUCCAGAGUGCUAUUUAUGAAUUGCGGGCUAUGGUUGUGAAAGUUGUGGCAAAGGAUAAGCGAUCGCAUCUAGUUGCGGUAGUCAAAGUCCCAGAAGCGGAAGGCCUCGAAGACAGACAGAGCCCGUGGUAUGUCUUCAACGACUUCGUCGUUCACAAUAUAUCAGAAGAAGAGGCUUUGAGCUUUCCAGGCAAGUGGAAGGUGCCUACGAUACUUUACAUGGAACGAGUAGACAUGCGAGACCGGCUGGAUUUUUCGGGCUUGCCUGACCAGAUCGAUGCCUCAAUCUUGAGUCAUGAUACGUCGAUUUCUAGCAAACGUGACGAAAACUUAAUCAAGCACGAUCCUCUCCGACCAGACGAGCUUCCGCGGCCUGGAACACUUGUCGCGAUUGACGCUGAAUUCGUGUCAAUGCAACAGGAAGAGACCGAGUAUCGCUCAGAUGGAACGAAGAAGAUUCUCCGCCCUGCGCGUCUCAGUUUGGCUCGAGUCUCCGUGCUGCGUGGAGAUGGGCCGAGGCAAGGCGUCCCGUUCAUCGACGACCAUAUUCAUACCAGCGAGGUUAUUGUCGACUAUCUAACCGAGUGGUCUGGCAUCAAAUUCGGAGACCUUGACCCCAAUAUUUCACCAUAUACACUCACACCGUUGAAGGUCGUUUAUAAAAAACUUCGGCUACUCGUCGAUCGAGGAUGUGUCUUCAUCGGACAUGGCCUUUCAAAGGACUUCCGCAUUAUCAAUAUAUUCGUCCCACCGGAACAAGUUAUCGACACAGUCGAUUUGUACUUCCUCAAUUCUCGACAACGACGUCUUUCGCUCCGCUUUCUAUCUUGGUUUGUUUUGGGCGAGCAGAUCCAACAGGAUACACAUGACUCAAUCGAAGAUGCGCGCUCUGCGCUCAUGCUGUACAAGGCGUAUCAUGAAUUUGAGGAGCGAGGUGUGUUCGACGAGAAGUUGGAAGAGUUAUAUCGGGAGGGACGCAAGCACCAAUGGAAGCCCCCACCAGCUCCGGGAGCAACUGUAGAUGCACCGUCCCUCGCGCUGACUCCGGCUGCAACUCCGAACUCCAUACAAUUCAGCCCAUUCCAGAGCAAUCUUCUACCAACUCCAGGCGGCUUCCAACGUGCUGUACAACCACCAAAUUUUUUCACAAUGACCCCACCAACCCGGUAUAACGGACCAGCGCCGUGGACUUGAUGAGGGCACACGUCAUGUAGCGUAUAGUAAAGUGUAUCACUCUCGUCCCUGCAACUCAAAGCACCCUGUGUACCGAAUCUUUCUAUUAGAAUAACAUUCGAAGCCAGGUUUUCAAGACUGUUUGAACACCUGGCUGGACUGUCCGAUACACACCAGGCCGCGACGAUAAAGGCUAUCUGAUCUACCGUUAAACAUACAAUUGCUGGCCCCCAACAAGUGCCCAUACCUUCUCCGAGGCGAAAGCUACCAGAUUGAUCACACAGUAGAAAAUCAUAGGGAUGAGUCCCAUCAAAAGAUUGCCGAGUAUACCUCGUCUGGUGAUGGUAUCCCAGAGCUCGGUCUUGAUGAUUGGAACGACCUUUUCAGACCGGAAGGGGCCGCGAAGGCGGUAAAACGGGGUGAACGCUGCUCCAAAACAAUAGCAUACAAGGACAUGAGUCCCAUACUCGCUCCAGAGUUCCCAGAGUCCGGGAGCUGCUCCGAUGUCUUUCGCUAGUGUGCUCAUAUAUGUCGAGUGAUCAACCCCAUACUUGAUUCGCGCAGUCUCCUUUACGAGAAGAUGGUAAUAAGGCGGAGGUAAGGGCAUCUUCACUUGGCCUUUUAGUAAAGAGACCCAAAAAAAUGAUUGCAUCUCCGCAAUCGGUGGAAUCGCACCUACUCCCGGGCGUACAAAUCCGAUAAAUGCGACGGUCUCGUCUCCACUCUUCGCAACAUUUCGGAUAUCGGCCUCCGAAGGUGUUCCGUAGUCACCGUUUUUAUCGAAGAAAUCAAACUUCUGAGCAUAUCCAGUGGCAUACACAACGGUGUCAGGCCUUACAUCGCGGCCCGCCAUGCGCAAAGCAUCCUUUCGUUUAGACAUGGGGAAAACGGCGCGACCAUUUGAUAGGAAAUGUGAAGGGAAUGGAGCAAGAUCGACAGUGAAGUCUG